AUGGCCAAGUCACCGUCCAUCGAGGUGAACAACCUCACCUACUCGUUCGCCGACUCCUCCCUCGGCGUGCACGACAUCAGCCUGUCGCUGCCCCCACGCUCGCGCACGCUCCUGAUCGGCGCCAACGGCGCGGGCAAGACGACGCUCCUGCGGCUGCUGGCGGGCAAGCGGCUCGCGCCGUCGGGGACCAUCAGCGUGUCCGGGGUGGACCCGUUCAAGGACGGGCUCGAGGGGGUGACCUACCUGGGGCUGGAGUGGGUUCUGAACCCGAUCGUGCGGACCGACAUCGGGGUGGUGGAGCUGCUGCGGUCCGUCGGCGGCGACGCGUACCCCGAGAGGCGCGACGAGCUGGUGCAGGUCCUGGACAUCGACGAGAACUGGCGCAUGAGCGCCGUCAGCGACGGCGAGAGGCGCCGCGUCCAGCUGGCCAUGGGCCUGGUGCGGCCCUGGACGGUGCUGCUGCUCGACGAGAUCACCGUCGACCUCGACGUGCUGUCGCGCGCGGAGUUCCUCGCCUGGCUGAAAGGGGAGACCGAGUCCCGCGAGUGCACCAUCGUGUACGCGACGCACAUCCUCGACAACCUCGCCGGGUGGCCCACGCACCUCGUGCACAUGCACAUGGGUGGCGUCAGGGAGUGGGACACCACGGACAAGUUCCUCAGCAGGCUGGAGGGCGACACGGGCAACUCGCGCCUCGGGGAGCUGGUCCUCGGCUGGCUCAGGGACGAUCUCAAGGACAGGGGCCCGCGGAGCCAGAACCGCCGGGGCCCGGAGGGGAAGACGUACGGGAUGGGUGGCGCCGAGCUGGGCGGGUACGGGUUGGAGGCCAAGAAGUAG